AUGGCCGCCUCCACCAUGUCCGUCUGCUCUGACGCCUGCACCAGCGCCUCCUGGCAGGUGGACGACUGUCCAGAGAGCUGCUGCGAGCCCUCCUGCUGCGCCCCCAGCUGCUGCCAGCCCAGCUGCUGUGCCCCCUGCCUGACCCUGGUCUGCACCCCGGUCAGCUGUGUGUCCAGCCCCUGCUGCCAACCCGCCUGCACCAGCUCCUGCACGCCCUCGUGCUGCCAGCAGUCUUGCUGCCAGCCGGCCUGCUGCACCUCCUCCCCCUGCCAGCCGUCCUGCGGUGUGCCCGUCUGCUGCAAGCCCGUCUGCUGUGUGCCCGUCUGCUGUGGGGCUUCCUCAUGCUGCCAGCCCUCUUGCUGCCAGCAGUCUAGCUGUGCGCCCUCUUGCUGCCAGUCCUCCCCCUGCCAGCCGUCCUGCGGUGUGACCCUCUGCUGCAAGCCCGUCUGCUGUACCCCCGUCUGCUCUGGGUCCUCCCCUUGCUGCCAGUCCUCAUGCUGCCAGCCGUCCUGCUGUGUGCCCGUCUGCUGCAAGCCCUGCUCCAGCGUGUCCCUGCUCUGCCGCCCCGUGUGCAGACCCGCCUGCUGUGUGCCCACCUCCUCCUGCUGCGCCUCCUCCUGCCAGCCCAGCUGCUGCCGCCCGUCCUCCUGCGUGUCCCUGCUCUGCCGCCCCGCCUGCUCCCGCCAGGCCUGCUGUGGCCUCUCCUCGGGCCUGAACCCAGCCCACAUGGCCGCCUCCACCAUGUCCGUCUGCUCUGACGCCUGCACCAGCGCCUCCUGGCAGGUGGACGACUGUCCAGAGAGCUGCUGCGAGCCCUCCUGCUGCGCCCCCAGCUGCUGCCAGCCCAGCUGCUGUGCCCCCUGCCUGACCCUGGUCUGCACCCCGGUCAGCUGUGUGUCCAGCCCCUGCUGCCAACCCACCUGCACCAGCUCCUGCACGCCCUCGUGCUGCCAGCAGUCUUGCUGCCAGCCGGCCUGCUGCACCUCCUUCCCCUGCCAGCCAUCCUGCGGUGUGACCCUCUGCUGCAAGCCCGUCUGCUGUGUGCCCGUCUGCUGUGGGGCUUCCUCAUGCUGCCAGCCCUCUUGCUGCCAACAGUCUAGCUGUGCGCCCUCUUGCUGCCAGUCUUCCCCCUGCCAGCCGUCCUGCGGUGUGACCCUCUGCUGCAAGCCCGUCUGCUGUACCCCCAUCUGCUCUGGGUCCUCUCCUUGCUGCCAGUCCUCCCCAUGCCAGCCGUCCUGCUGUGUGCCCGUCUGCUGCAAGCCCUGCUCCAGCGUGUCCCUGCUCUGCCGCCCCGUGUGCAGACCCGCCUGCUGUGUGCCCACCUCCUCCUGCUGCGCCUCCUCCUGCCAGCCCAGCUGCUGCCGCCCGUCCUCCUGCGUGUCCCUGCUCUGCCGCCCCGCCUGCUCCCGCCAGGCCUGCUGUGGCCUCUCCUCGGGCCUGAAGUCCAGCUGCUGA